AUGGCGCCCCCUGCGCCUUCUUCUAACUGUGAUUCCGAUUAUUUCUCGUCCCAAGACUCUAGUUUCCUUGCUGCUCUGAAGAGUACUCGAUUCCCCGGAGAUAUAUCCCAAAGCUCAACCGACUCGCACAAAACAUCACCAUUACGUCCUAGCACUCGAUCUCGGCAACAUGUUCUCUCGGAACCUGAAUCGAGCUCUCGUGGGUCUGGAUUAAAUGAAGGUCGACAUUCCUUGAAGAGACAGCAUGUCCAGAUCGACGACUCAAGUGACGACCAGGUUCUUCACCCAGCAGAUAUUUACGGAGAAGCACAUUUCGAUGGCUUUGGAGAGUAUGCACGUAGGAAGAGAGCUAAGCUACAGAUUCAAAAUGUUGAAAAUGUAGAGGAACAAACAAAAACAGUACCUCAGAUCUUUAAAGGAGUUGCCAUCUUUGUUACUGGAUGGACGACGCCAUCUAUUCAAGAACUCCGGUCUCUCAUUGUACGUCAUGGCGGGGUGUUUCAUGCUUACCUGGAUAAGAAAAGCCUUGUAACUCAUAUCGUUACAUCCUCCAUAACACCUGCUAAAGUACGCGAAUAUAAGAACAUGAAAAUUGUGCGACCAGAAUGGCUUGUCCAGAGCACGAUACAAGGCGUCCUUCUCCCAUGGACAGAGUUCAAGUUUCGUCCCAAUCAACGCUCAGAAAGUGCUCAAGGCAAGCAGUCUUUACAACAAACACUUCCUCAAGAAUUUACUUCCCAAUCUCCAACGCUUGCCGUCGUGACGAAAAAAAACGGUGAUCCUGAAGACGCAAAUUCUGCUAGUCAAAUCCCUAAUUACACCACGGAUCCGAAAUUCUCCAAAGUGGGCGCCCACGUUCCCCAUUAUGCAGCAGACAAAUCGAACCCAAAUGCACGGCGUGUUAUGAAAAAUGCAGAAUGGCGUAAUUCCCACACCUCUGCUGCACCAGAUUUUAUCGAAGGAUAUUACAGAAACUCUCGUUUGCAUCACCUCUCAACCUGGAAAUCUGAACUUAAAUCCCUCUUGAAAGAAGCACAAGAAAGGGCCGAACGAGGCGAUGGAUUCGGUGACCUUGCGAGUGAAGAGGAUGUCUGCAGGACUCCAGGGAAAUUCUCCGCCGAAGAAUUCAAUAACCACGACUAUACUGGAGUUAGCAUGCGAGGCGCUGAACUUGUGCUUCGUUCCCCCAGUAAAGGGGGGAAAGACAAGGGAAAGGGGAAGGCGACUUCCGUAGGAGAAGAACGUGUCAUCAUGCACUGUGACUUUGACAGUUUCUUCGUCUCUGCCGGACUAGUUAGUCGGCCUACUCUCAAAGGCAAACCCGUCGUGGUAUGCCACUCACAGGGUUCUCAAGGUGGAACUUCUAGUACAAGCGAGAUUGCAUCCGCUAGCUACGAAGCCAGAAAAUUCGGAAUCAAGAAUGGAAUGAGUCUCCAGCAAGCGAGAAAGCUGUGUCCUAACGUUACUACAAUGCCGUACGAAUUUGAACUAUAUAAGCAAAUUUCGCUGAAAUUCUACACAAUCCUGAUGAGUCACGCCGAUGAUCUCCAGGCAGUUUCUGUCGAUGAAGCCUUGAUCGAUGUCACUAGCACUGUCGAACGACUUCGAGCCAGAGCCAAAGCGGACUUCGAUCCGUUCUCUUCGAGGGUCCCAGCGGCUGAUCCUGCGAAGGACUACGCGGAUUCUAUUAGAGAACAAGUGAAGAAGGCGACAGGGUGUGACGUAAGCAUCGGUAUUGCCCACAAUAUUUCGCUAGCACGUAUUGCUACGAAGUUUGCCAAACCCGCUGGAUCCUACCAUCUCUUACCUAAGGAUAUGGAUGAAGUACUCCAUCCGUUGGAUAUCUCUGAUUUACAUGGUUUCGGUUACUCGGCGAAACAGAAGGCCCUCGAUAAGCUGGGUGUCACUAAACUCGGGGAGCUGGCACUGAAAAGCAAGGGUGUCCUUUGUGACGCGUUGGGUAAAACUACCGGAGAAACGUUAUACAACGCAAUUCGCGGAAUCGAUGAGAGAAAGUUGGAAAAUGAUAAGGCAAGAAAGUCAGUUUCUUGCGACAUCAAUUAUGGAAUCCGAUUUGAGUCGAGUGAACAAGCAGAAGCGUUUAUUCAUCGAAUGGCGUCGGAAGUCAGUCGGCGACUAAAUGAAAUCCAAAUGCUAGGAAAGUCAAUCACGCUCAAGAUCAUGAAACGAGACCCAAGUGCCCCAGUUGAACCACCUAAGUUUCUGGGGCAUGGGGCAUGUGAGGUAUUCAAUAAGCAAAUGCCUCUGACUGACUCGAGUGGUCGUGCUACCGCCGAACCCAAGUUCGUAGGAGAACAUGCCUGGCGAAUGCUCAAGACCUUCAAUUUCGAUCCCAAAGAGCUGCGCGGUAUUGGAAUACAGAUUCAGAAGCUGGAAUCAUCUUCUGGUGAUAGGCCAGCGGAGCUAGGUCAAGCCCGACUGCCGUUCCAGAUGAUGUCAACAGGUCCGGUUUCUGGAGCAGAGCCGAACCCGAUACAGGUGGAAUCUGUUGCUGGACCAUCAAAACGUGAGGCCUCUCUUCCAGAGACGUCUCGGCAAGAACGGGAGAUGUCCGUCAUAUCUGAAAUUCCUCCGUUUUCUCAGGUUGACAUGGACGUCUUCCAUACGUUGCCAGACGAUAUCCGGAAGGAAUUGGAAGGCGAAUACAAGCGACGUUCGGAGUCUCCUUUCCCCCUCCCCCUCCCACGAUCUGGAAGAUUAUCUGUUCCUGCUGUCCCUGGAGGUCUGUUCCCUGCCAAACCUCUACCAGGACCUUCAUUUCCGUUUCCACGCAAAGCCAACCAAAGUACACUUAAUGUGAAACGUAUUACCCGACAACUUGCCCCUCGUGGCAGAGGCGCUUCGUGGUCACCCAAUAAGAAGAAUAUCUUCAUGAAACGUCCUAGUCUGGCAGCUUGGAAAGUUCCUGAUCAUGAACUUCGAAAUUUGGAUAUCGAUCCGGAAGUUUUUGCUAUGUUACCGCGUAAUGUUCAGCGGGAACAGAUCACGGCUGCACGAUUACUCAAGACUUUGGGUACAAUACCACAGAAAGCUACACAACGGAUUGUUCUCAAACCGCGCAAGCUUGAUCCCGGGGAAGUUUUCAUCCAACCUCCGCCGAAAGCGAACCACGUUCAGCCCCCGACACUCAAACAGCAAGGACCGCAGAAGGGGGAGAAAUUAUACUUUCACGAAACUGAUGAUAUACAAUGUGUCAUCGAAGAGUGGGUUGAUAGACACAGGAAUUGGCCGCCUAAUGACCGUGACGUCGCCUUUUUCGGCAAGUGGCUAGUGAAAAGCUUAGAAGCGACCGACGAGGGAAUGACAAGAGCAUUAGCCGUGAUGAAAUGGUGGGUUAUCUUACUGAAGCGAUAUUGGGCUCCUUUCGAGCUUGGUUACGACGAAGAAGAUGAAAAUCCAGAUUAUUUGAGGAGAGGAAAAGUGGGCGAAGCUUGGUGGAACGCUUUCAAGACCGUCAAAACUCAGAUGGAUGCGAUUGCUAAGAAACGUUUUGGGGGGAAACUUUCCAUUCGAUAAGAGGUUGGUUGUACAGAUAUGAAGCACAUUGUUGUAGAGGAUAAGUUAUAGUAUAAAUAUUCGAUACCUGGUACACCUUGCUUUAGGCUUGCACGCAGGUUGUGUGUGCCCUCGACGACUUGGAAGCGGUGGGAGCCCACGCUCUGGGGGUAAGGCUUUCGGCAUCACUGUACGUGAAGAAUCGUAACGACUUGGGGCGAUGGGUGGGGUCGGGAGUGGGCGUGGGACCUUUCUCAGAGGAGCGUUGGUGGAAACAGGUGGAGACUGAGCGGGUGGUCCUAGUCGCAAAGGAGGCUUUGGGACUGGGGCCCGAGUUGUGUGUGCUGUAAUUGUCGCGUCGGUGCUCAAAUGCUCAACUGGCCGUGCAGCAGAUGAGGAUUCAGUAUCAUGAAAAGAAUCUCGAAGGGAUCCUUCCAUGAGUGAUAUAGGAGAGUUCGCCGUGGAGUGGGGAUUGGGAAGCCGUUCCUCAGGGAACGAGAAUUCAUCGGGACUGGGAGGGAGAUUCAACGAUUCACCUAAGGACGUGGAGUCGUCUUCCAGAGUAAUAGCACCGCUCGUGGCGUCGCUGUCCCCAUCGUCAGAUUCCACAGUCUUCUCGAAAGUCAAGUCAAAGGCAGCUGGAGUGAGGAUUUCGAAGUACGGUUCCUUUCCUUUGGCACUACCUGCAGAGCCUGGAGUUCUGGCACUCUUCACGAAGCUGCGUACGACCUGAAAACACGGGACUGAAAUGUUGGGUAUUCGAACGGAGCCAACAGCUUCGGCGAGAUUUGCGGUGCGACCACGCCGCGCUUGCAGUCGGUCGGUGUUCGGACGCCACUUCCUGUCCGUCUUGGCGGCAUCAAGGUUGAGACGACCUGGUUUUCGAGGGAAUAACGUCGCUGUAAUAAGGAAAGGUUGGAUAGUCCCAGGGAGAGUACCACAGAGCGUCGACUCACGUAGUUCAACGGUGUUCGCGCGACGUUUUGACUCGAAUAUGCCUUCGUGCUGGACGUCUGCAUCAUAUAUGACACGAGCUGAACCAUAUUUGAGAGGCGUUAAUCGCUUCUCCGGUAAAAAAUCAAUGUCAGUGCUCCCGGGGCAUAGACUGAGUUGAUCGAACCUACAGGAAACUUCACUGGGUGUUCUGAGUCGACUGCCAUGAUGGGCCAGCGGAAAGAUGGUGCAGUAUAUGUACUCUCCCCACACUCCAAUGGAGUCUCCUCACCAUGGUAGCGACAUACCUGGUUGCUACAACGGAACUGCACUGCAUCCGUCCGAAGAUCGCCCAGGCCCCAUGAGGAAUAUCCGAGGAUAGCAGUAGAUACGCAGUAUCAUCCACCAUCGUCAUCACGGUCUCCACCAGCUACCUCGGGAUGGUCGGACACCGUGGUCCUACAGCGCUUUGCGAAACAUACCGACUCAAUUCUCGGACCCACUGACCUCGCACUCUUGAAACAAAGCGACAAAAUCAAAAGUAAUUUAUUAUUAGGGUCCAUGGAUUCAAAUCCUUCGUUGGACUGCACGCUAACGACGUGCCUACGACAUGUACUUACGCCGGCGCAUGACACUCCGAAAAUUCGCCCAACGCCGUACACUAACUACCUGGCCAGUCAGCCCCUCUAAGACAUACCAUACCUUGGCAUGGACAUAUUGUCAUAUACUAACAUAUGCCCGGUCGACUUGGUCUGAAGCUUGAAUGAGACUAAGCCAUUUUUGUGUACACUGUACCGUAGGCGCGUCCGGAUAACUUGCAAGUGAUCAGAGCAUCAAAAUUUGCCAGCUAUGCUCUGCAAAGCGCUGUCACUUUGCACCGCAAAAUGCGACCAUCACUGCAAGGUUAGGGCCUAGUCGAGGUAAUGAUUGACGUAUUAACAGUUCACAAAUUACCAUCUUAUUCCGCGACAACCUGACGAUCCAUUUGUAGUCUUCGUCCCAUGCUCGACUUCGACUUAAUCUCUUCGGGCGCGA